AUGGCGGCUCACAAAUCCGGUAUCAAGGUCAUCAUCGUUGGGGCCGGCUUUGGCGGUUUGACUGCCGCUAUUGAAUGCCAUCGGCAGGGUCAUGACGUUGAGAUCUAUGAGUCCUUUCCUGAGCUCAAAGUUCUCGGAGACAUCAUAUCAUUUGGUGGCAAUGCCGGCAGGAUCUUUAAUCGCUGGUCUGAUGGAGAGAUUGUAGCCCGUCUACGCCCGUUAUGCAUCGACAUACAAGAAUAUGGCUUCAGAAUUCACAAAUGGGACACAGGAGAGGUCGUAUAUCAUCAAAAACGACCCCCUCCUAACCCUGAAGCCCCAGUAUUGAACGGUCAUAGAGGCGAGCUGCAUGAGAUUAUCUUCAAUUAUGCACGUGAUGAGCUGUGCAUUCCAAUUCAUCUCGGCCAACGAGUGUCUGAGUAUUUUGAGGACAAUACACAAGCUGGUAUCAUACUGAAGACUGGAGAAAAGAUUACUGGCGAUGUGGUGAUAGGUGCUGAUGGGGUGAGGUCAAAGGCAAGGGAGCUUGUUCUAGGAUAUGUCGACAAGCCCAAGAGCAGUGGAUACGCUGUUUGGAGAGCAUGGUUCUCGAACAAAGACAUGAUACAAGACCCCUGCACAAAAGAGUUCUGCGAGAACGGCGAUACCUUUAACGGCUGGAUCGGACAAGAUGUGCACUUCUUGUUCUCGACCUUGAAAGGGGGUAAGGACUGCUGCUGGGUACUGACCCAUAAAGAUGACCACGAUAUCGAUGAGUCAUGGUCGUUCCCUGGUAAGAUAGAAGAAGUGCUAGAGCUCCUGAAGGAUUGGGAUCCUACAUGCCGAGCGAUUGUGGAAAAAACGCCGUCAGUAGUUGAUUGGAAACUGGUCUAUCGCGAUCCGUUACCGACUUGGAUCAGCAACAAAGGGCGAAUAGCACUUCUUGGUGAUGCUGCUCAUCCUUUCUUACCGACGAGUGCUCAAGGCGCAACUCAAGCUAUGGAAGAUGGCGUUACUGUUGCUGUCUGCUUGAAGCGCGCGGGGAAGAGUAACAUCCCUGGUGCACUUAAGGCUCAUCAGAGUCUGAGAUAUGAGCGCGUGAAAGCGGUUCAGAAGACAGGAGAGUCAACCAGAGAUCUUUGGCACAAGACGGAUUGGGGUAAAGUCAAGGACAAUCCUAGCAGCAUCGGAUUCCCGCGCGAGGAUUGGAUUCACCAAUUUGAUGCUGAACGGUAUGCAGAGGAGAAUUUCGAGAGUGCUCUCAAAACUCUAUGGCAUGAGGUCAAGGAUAAUGUCCUGAUCGAUGGGGCCCCUACAAUGGCGCAAGUAGCGGGCUAG